GUUGAACUGAGGAGACAGUUACAGAUGCACGUCACGGGACCCAAAUUAAAGCUUGUUAACUCAUCCAUGUGUUUUCACCUCCAUCAUGACCUACAUUUGAAAACAGACGAUUUGUCUCCAUCUCGUGGAGAAACGAGGCAGCACAUGGAGCCGACACCGCGCUCAUGUCGCGCAAACAGGGCUAACCUAUUUCUUAAACGUCAGGGUCUCCAGACACCAGCAGCAAAAAAACGGUCACACGCUGCCAGAUUUCACGUGUCACCUGCUGACACUCUUUCUAUGUCCAGAAUCCGCAUGCCGUCAUCAGCAGGUGCCUUUAUUUACUUCUGGUCCAGUUAGCCGCUGCCUGCUGCAAUGGAAGUCAACAGGGACGAAGCGGAGCGCUGCAUUGACAUUGCAACUGCGUUGUUAAGCAACGACCAGCCGGAGAAGGCGCAGAGGUUCCUGGAGAAGGCGCAGAGACUCUUCCCGACAGAGAAAGCGAAGGUACUGCUGGAGCUAAUAUCAAAGAAUGGAUUUACACCUAGACAUGGCUGCCACUCAGACUUCAGUGGGGUCUCAGGGCCUCGACAGCGGCAGACCAAGAGUGAGGAUACCAGACCCGAAGAAAAGCCUUCAGACACCUCAAAAUCCUACACGGCAGAUCAGCUAGAUGCUGUGAGGAGGAUAAAGCAAUGUAAAGACUUCUAUGAAAUUCUUGGGGUCCAGGCAGAUGCUUCUGAGGAUGAACUCAAAAGAUCAUAUAGAAAACUUGCUUUGAAAUUCCAUCCAGACAAGAAUCAUGCUCCAGGUGCUACAGAGGCAUUUAAAGCUAUUGGGAAUGCGUAUGCUGUUCUGAGUAACGCUAACAAAAGAAGACAUUAUGAUCAAUGUGGAGAAGAAAGGAGGCAUCCUUCAAGACACGGCCAAGACAAUGAAAACUUCGAGCCAGAUAUUUCACCUGAAGACCUCUUUAAUAUGUUCUUUGGAGGAGGUUACCCGUCAAGUAAUGCUAAUGUGUACACUAAUGGGCGGAUGCGUUACCAAAGGAGAGAGAGAAGGGAGCGACAGCGAGAUGGAGGCCUUGCUCUCUUCGUGCAGGUCAUGCCCAUCCUCAUCCUGGUUAUUGUGUCAGCCCUCAGUCAGAUAAUGGUGAACAGCCCCCCCUACAGCCUCAGCUUCAGGCCGUCAGCAGGUUACACACAGAAGAGGCUGACAGAGAACCUGAAGGUGCCAUAUUAUGUGGGGGAGCAGUUCUCCAAGGAGUUCACUGGAGUGAAUCUGAAGAAUUUGGAGCGGACGGUGGAGGAUGAUUAUAUUUCCAACCUUCGCAACAAUUGCUGGAAGGAGAAACAACAAAAGGAAGGCAUGCUUUACAGAGCUCGCUAUUUUGGAGACACUGAUCUGUACCAAAGAGCACAGAGGGCUCGCACACCAAGCUGCGCCAAGCUGUCCGAGAUCACAGCUUCAUUACAUGGUUGAGGCUGCUUUCAUAAUUAAAAGUUUCCAGAAUCAACACAAAAGAUUAUUGGCUGUAAAUAGAUGCUUUAACAAUCUGAAGACUGAAGAUGACUCAACAAGCAACACAAACAAACCAGCACCAAUCUGCAUCAAACUGACCACACAAACUGGUUGAAACCAUUUCUGUGGAAUUUUAGAAUACGAAAUUAUGAUGUUAAUAUAAUGUUUUGAAAUGGAAAAGCCACUUAAAAUAGCUUGUCCUCCUGACAAGAUAGGGGUUUGGAAAACCUCCAAUCCCCAGUUUUGACAGGGAGCCAUGACGCUGGCAGAGGUCACUUCAUGGUUUUUUGCGAGAAUGCAGUAUGAAACCAGAACAUUGUGAGUGUGAUAUAGUCGUCCGGAUGUUAUUUAUGUAGCAGCUGACUAGAUACCCCCUUGAAUGCUUCCUCUUUCAUUUUAUGCAGUCAAAUCGAGUUUUAGGGGGAUAUGCUGAUUUGACUUCAAAUGCACAUUCUGAAACUAUGCAGGAAUAAUAUGAAACCUCUGAUGAAUAUACACUCAUGUCUAGGGUUUGUCAGACACUUGAACACCUGAGAUUUGUCUUCUGCUGUGUGUGUGAGAGAUAACAAUUAGGAAAUGUCCCUUUACACUUUGCCUCCUUUAAUUGUAUUAAAGAUAGUGUUAUAUAGUGUAACUCGACGGCACUUCACAAUAAAUGCUGAGAAUAAAGAGAGACGUGCCUACCCACAAAGUGGGACUUUAACAGGUUCUAGUUUUGGAGCAUAAUGUCUCUGAUGAACAUCUGUUGGAAAAAGCAAUUUUUGUCUCACUUUUUAAGUUUAUAGUAUUUAUUUUUUGUAUUAUUUAUUUAAAAAAAUUGAUUAUCAGACUAAGAAAACACUACAGCUCUUGCUCACUUUUUCCACCUUGUUUUUACUCCCAGAUAAAAAUAAAUAUGGAUGCUUAAACCUG